UCAAGCUGACCGCCACGUCAUUUGCCGCGAGUCCCGGGAAACAUGCAGUACUUGGCGCAGGAGCUCGUCGACCAUAUCAUCGACACCAUCGCAGACACGCCCAACCGCCGUUUCACGACAGAGCGCACGCUUGCGACCUGCACGCUCGUCGCGCGGGCAUGGCUCCCGCGCAGCUCUACGCACCUCUUCGAACGGAUCGCCUUGCGCCCGGACGACCUCGAGCAGUUUUUCUCGGCCUUGGAGACGUGUCACCGGCUAGUAGCGAACGUCGCAGAGCUCGAGCUGACCUCUGGGCCGUAUGCAGGUCUCGAGAGCGUUGCUGCCCUGCUGCUGCUGCGGCCGCCGCGGCUUCGCCGCAUCGUGUACCAGGACUACUUGCUCCUCUCCGGGGGCCGCGGCGAUAUACACUUGAAGCAUGCGAGAGUGCCGAUGCCUGUCGUGGACAGUCGCCGUCUGACACACUUGAAGCUGCAGUCUGUCGACGCUUUUGCCCUCUCUCAGCUGCUCGCUCACUUUGAUGACCUGGACACCCUCGAGCUGGACCCACAACACCGAUACCCGUUCUACAGAGCCUGUGCAGAGAGCCCUUGGCCCAUUCCUCCACAUCUACGCGUAAGGAAGUUCAUACUGGCAGACGUCGCGGCUGCCUCGGCUCUCGGAUACGUUCGGGUCCUGCGUGCCCACCUAUCGCCGUCCGCUCUAAAGAUCAUGGCGUUCAAGGGUUUCUGCGCCGACAAGGACGGGCCCUAUGUUAAUGGCGCUCUGAGAGAUCUUUCCCGCGGCGCCGAAGACCUCUCCCUAUGCUUCUACGAUAAGGACAUAACAAUCGACCCAGAGAGCGCGUCCUCCUCGAAGUAUCACAUGGCGGCUUUGGAAGGGUGCAGCAACGUGCAGAGAAUCUCCAUAAGCUUCAUUGACUGCCGUCAGCAAUUUCCGUGGGCAUGUGAAAGCAUCCUGCCGUAUCUGUCUCUGUCCAUUCGUCGACUUAUCCUGCUGCUUUGCGGUCCCGCAGACCUUCGUAGGCUCGUGCACGCCCGCAUGGACACGUUCGAGCGCAGCCUCGCCAAAUGCGACAAGCUCGAGGCGCUGGAGAUUCGGGUGACGGGAGCUGCGAUGUGGGCGAACAGCGAGACGAAACUGUUCGAUGAGAUGAGGGACGCGCUUCCGAAGGUCUUGUCUGGCCGUCUGGCGGCGUUGACGUCCAUUGUGCUGCUGUGAUGCCGUGGCGGAUGGAAACAGGAAAGCUCUAAGCGCUGGCGACUAUGGCGUUGUGUCCAACAUUGCAGCGCCUCGGAGACCGUAUAAAUACCUAUGUGAUAGUGUGCAUUUGAGCGCAACCUAGAAUUGGCUUACAAGGACCUUG